AUGUCUCAAGAAAUUAAAAAAGGCAAAAAGAAGCAAAUAAAGAAAGAGAAGACAAGUCAGAAGGAAGAAAAAUCCGAAGAGAAUGUAAAAGAGAACCUCAAUGAAAAUGUCAAAAUAAAAUAUGGUCCUUCAGUGAAAUUUCCUUAUCAAAGAGUAUGGUCUCGUUGUUUCCUGAUAUUUGCAGUGUUAUUCAUUGUUUGGUAUAAUAGCAGACAGGGUAAAGAAGUUUACUUAGCAAAGCAAAAAGAAAUUUUACUAAGUCGUACACAAAAUGUUGAGUGCUCACAUGAUUAUAAAGUUGAGACAAGCAAAUAUCCAGAAUGUGUGCCAGAAAAAUGUGGAAGGAUAGUCUCAGAUAAACUAGUUUCAUCCACAGAAACUGAUGUUUUAUUGAAAAUAGCAGUGAAUGGUUUAAACUUAGGUGGUUCAGAUGGAGGUGCUAGUAUUUUGGAUCUUCACUCUGGUGCAUUGAGUAAAGGCCAAGGUUUUAUAGACAUCUACACAUUGCCAGAAGCAAAGAAGAUAUUUAACAGUGCUGAUUUUGCAAUUUAUAAAGUAGUAAAAACUAAGAUACAACAUGCAGUAGCACACAAUUUUGGAGUACCUUCUAAUAAGAUAUAUUUAACUAAACAUACAUUUUUUUCACGCAUGACUAAUAUGUCUGCAAAAACAAUACAUGAUGAAUAUUGGCAUCCUCAUGUCGACAAGGAAACAUAUGAGUCAUUUCACUAUACAACUUUGCUUUAUCUAAACGAUUAUGGAAGAGAUUUUGAAGGAGGCAGAUUUAUAUUCAUCGACAAAGAUAACGUUAAUACAACGGUAGAACCACGCAAAGGUAGAGUGUCUAUGUUUACUUCGGGUAGUGAAAAUUUACACGCAGUUGAAAAAAUACAAUCCGGAACUCGUUAUGCGUUGACUAUAUCUUUUACAUGUGAUCCAAACGCAGCAAUUUCCGAUCCAAAUCAUCGUGCCAGACGAGAAAAAUAA